AUGUUAUUGAUCGAAAAUUAUCCAAUUGUUCGUUGCGAAAUACAACCAUUAACAAACCAAAAGAACAUGAACAAACCAAUCGCUAAACCAUUAAAUUUUGCAACAGAAUCACCGAAUAGUAAACGAAAACAAAAUUCCAACGUUGAAGAUAUUAAUCCUAUUAUUCGCCCAGUUUCAUCAUCAUCCAAUCAUCGUGACUUGGGCACUGGCGAACUUCGCUUAUCAGAUACCAAAUCAUAUAAAUUUACAUCAAAUGAUUUAAUCGAUCGUGGUGUAAUUGGAGAAGGGAAUUUUGGUAUUGUGUGUAAAAUGCUGCAUGAAAAAAGUGGAACUAUAAUGGCUGUUAAACGUAUUCGUUCGACGAUUGAUGAACGAUGUCAAAAGCAAAUGAUCAAUGAAUUAGAUGUUGUUAUGCGUCAAAAUAAUUGUCCACAUAUUGUACAAUUUUUUGGUGCUCUUUUUAAAGAAGGAGAUUGUUGGAUAUGUAUGGAAUUAAUGAACACAUCACUGGAUUAUUUUUAUAAAUUUGUUUAUCAUAAACUUGACCAAUUUAUACCAGAAAGUAUUCUUGCCUAUAUAACUUAUGCUACUUUACAAGCAUUGGAUUACAUAAAAUCUCGUUGGGGCAUUAUUCAUCGAGAUGUCAAACCGUCCAAUAUUUUAGUUUCAAGAAAGACACUCAAACUUUGUGACUUUGGUAUAAGUGGUCAAUUGAUUGAUUCUAUCGCUAAAACACGUGAUGCAGGUUGCCGUCCGUACUUACCACCUGAACGUCUUGAUCCAACACGAUCAACGCGUGAAGGUUACGAUGUUCGAUCUGAUGUUUGGUCAUUUGGAAUAACACUUUAUGAAAUAUCAACAGGAUAUUUUCCAUUUCGAGAAUGGACAUCACCAUUUGAUCAAUUACAACAGAUUGUUGAAGGACCUCCAAUAGAACUUAAAAUUGAUCGUCUUUCUGAUAAUUGUAAAAAUUUUGUAAAUACAUGUUUAAAUAAAGAUGAAAAUCAACGACCGAAAUACAAAAAAUUAUUAGAACAUCCAUUUUUACGGAAAGCAAAAGAAGUACAACAAAUUGAAAAUGUUUCCGUUUAUUUAUCGGAUAUAAUUGAUGGUCUUGAAAAUAAUACGGAUAAAUUUCAAUUAUAUUAUUAUCUGCCUCAUAAAAAUUGA